UGAGGUUCCUGAAACAGAGGGCUGCCAAUCUCAGACCAUUGAAAGUUUCAGGACAUGUCACAUGGUGCGGGGUUCUUGGUUUUCAAAGAAUAACAAACUCCGCACAUAUGGGUUGUCUCCACUGUUCUUGGCUCAUCUCCGUUCAGUUCUGAAAAGCGGUGGCAUGGAGCAGCCUCCUGUGGCUCCUGGAGAAGACGAAAAUGAGACAGCAUUGCUGGAAACAAUUAUCUCUAUUUUUGAACCUAUGAUGGAAGGGCUUGGAGAGAGGGAUGAUCUCGUCGGUGAGGAGAUGAACUGGGAUGUGAAGUUAGCUUUGGAGUAUAAAGAAUUGCAAAGAAGAAUCAUAUCAUCUGUUUUGUCCUGUGCCGCUGGACUGAAAUUGCUGGACAGUGCCUAGUUAUAGAGUUAAAUUAAGCAAGUGAGUAUGUUAUUUUUGUCUUAAUCCUUCUAUUAUUGCUAUUUAUUUUAAUUGAUAAUCAAAUGUUGUUGAAUGGAGUGUUUAGAAUGUAGAAAAUGAAAUUAUGAAAGCUUAUUGUUUGGAUUUCCAUUGUCUUUCACCUACAUCACCUGCAAUUGGCUCA